GUUUGUUUUCACUGCCCGAAGAUGGCGUCGUUCAUGGAGGGGCCGCUCAGCAAGUGGACAAACGUCAUGAAGGGAUGGCAGUACCGCUGGUUCGUGCUCGAUUACAACGCGGGGCUGUUGUCCUACUACACGUCCAAGGACAAAAUGAUGCGAGGCUCCCGGAGAGGCUGUGUCAGACUGAGGGGAGCUGUGAUUGGUAUAGACGAUGAGGACGACAGCACCUUCACAGUCACCGUGGAUCAGAAGACAUUCCAUUUUCAAGCCCGGGAUGCUGACGAGAGAGAGAAGUGGAUUCAUGCUUUAGAGGAAACAAUCCUUCGUCACACUCUGCAGCUUCGGGGUGUUGAAACUGGCUUUGUUCCAAGCGUUCAAGAUUUUGAUAAAAAGCUUGCCGAAGCUGAUGCCUAUUUACAGAUUUUAAUCGAUCAGUUAAAGUUGUUUGAUGAAAAGAUCAAAAAUUGCAACGAUGAUGAACAGAGAAGGAAAAUUGAAAACCUCAAAGAAGUAACAUGUAGCAUGGUUGAAUCAAUUAAACACUGUAUAGUGUUAUUGCAGAUUGCCAAGGACCAAAGUAAUGAGGAGAAGCACGCAAAUGGAAUUAUAAGUUCUAUCAACCCAGUGGAUGGUAUUUUUCAGCCUAACCCUCUGGAUUUGACACUAACCAGCAAUAUGCCUACUCAGACUGUUUUACCAGCAGAGCCGGCUCAAUUAUGUAAAGCGGAGCAACGGCCAUCAACCCUGGCAGUGGGAGCUGCAGUUAAUCCAAUGGGAAACCACCAAACACCGACUCCCAACAGCACAGGAAGUGGACAGUCAGCACCCAGCAGCAGUGUCACCUCCCCCAGCCACAUCAACCUCUCUCCCAACACAGUCCCCGAUUUCUCCUAUUCCAGCAGUGAGGAUGAGUUCUACGACGCUGAUGAGUUCUACCAGAGUAGUUCAUCUCCAAAGCGCUGCCUAGACUCAACAUCUCCAGUGGUGAUCACACACAGCAAUACUGGCAGCGGCCUCAAGCGCCCAGACACAACAGAAUCGUUGAAUUCUUCCAUGUCCAAUGGGACAAAUGAUGCAGACUUAUUUGACACACAUGAUGACCGAGAUGAUGAUGGUGAAGGAGAAUCUGUCGAAGAACACAAGAGUGUUAUCAUGCAUUUGCUGUCUCAGGUGCGACUGGGUAUGGACCUGACCAAGGUUGUUCUUCCCACUUUUAUCUUGGAGAGACGGUCCUUAUUGGAGAUGUAUGCAGACUUUUUUGCACAUCCGGACUUGUUUGUCAGUAUCGUAGAUCAUUCUGACCCUAAAGAUCGAAUGGUACAAGUUGUCAAAUGGUAUCUGUCAGCCUUCCACGCUGGUCGGAAGGGAUCUGUGGCAAAAAAACCUUACAAUCCAAUCCUAGGGGAGAUUUUCAAGUGUCACUGGGCUUUGCCUGAGGGUGAAGUUGAAGAGAACACGGAGCCUGUUUCUGAAGGACCUAUCCCAUGGGCUGGCAUGAGCAAUGUCACAUUUGUAGCAGAACAGGUGUCCCAUCAUCCUCCAAUCUCUGCAUUUUAUGCUGAAUGUUUUGCAAAACGAAUCCAGUUUAAUGCUCACAUUUGGACAAAAUCAAAGUUCCUUGGGAUGUCUAUUGGGGUGCACAAUAUAGGGCAGGGCUGCGUGUCUCUGCUCGACUACGAUGAGCAUUAUAUUCUAACUUUUCCAAAUGGAUAUGGAAGAUCUAUUCUAACUGUUCCAUGGGUGGAACUAGGAGGAGAAUGCAACAUAACAUGUACAAAAACAGGGUACAAUGCCACCAUUAUAUUUCACACCAAGCCUUUUUAUGGAGGCAAGAAGCACAGGAUCACUGCUGAAAUCUUUUCUCCAGCUGACAAGAAGUCCUUCUGCUCGAUUGAGGGGGAAUGGAACGGAGUAAUGUAUGCUAAAUGGAUUACGGGGGAAAGUACCUUAUUUGUAGAUACAAAGAAAUUGCCCAGCAUCAAGAAAAAAGUAAGAAAAUUGGAAGAUCAAGAGGAGUUUGAAUCCAGAAGUCUUUGGAAGGACGUAACGUACAACUUGAAAAUUAAGGACAUUGAUGCUGCCACAGAUGCAAAGCACCGACUUGAAGAAAGACAAAGAGCUGAAGCAAGGGAAAGAAAGGAGAAUGAAGUUCAGUGGGAGACCCGGGUGUUCCAUGAAGAUGGUGAAUGUUGGGUGUACGACAACCCUCUGCUGAAGAGGUUAGGUUGCAGCAGGUAUUAGAAUACCACGACUUUGACAUGGUAGAACCGACAGCCUUUGACUGAGAAUCUUGCUCCCUUUACCUGCGACAGAAAAUUUUGUAUCAAGAUUCUUUAAAAAAGUUUAAUAAAACUAUAGCUUUCUGGUACCAAGAUUGCAUUUUGUUGAAAAAUGCAUCAUUCAGGUUUCAUCUGGUGAUACUUUAAGAGGUUCCUUUCUCAGGGAAAAUGGACUUCAAAAAGAUGGUUGAAUUGUUAACAUCUUGCGAGAGUUAUAAACAAAGGACUUCCUUUAGUACUGGCUGCAGAAUGGCUGUUGUGAAUGUUUGCUCCUGCUCUAGAAAUAACUUUAUGUUAAUUGCAGACCUCCAAGUCAUCAAUACAAGUUCCAUCUGCCAAAUUUUAUGUAUACUAUAAAACAGUCAAAAAAUCAGCCCAAGUAAAAGAUCUUGGAUGUCGGUACAAUUUAUUCUAAGUGCACUCUCUUUUUCUCUCUAUUGCCAUUGUACAGAUGUAAAGAAUUUGCAGUGCAAAACUAAUUUCCUAGAAUGUGCUAUGCCCUAUGUAUACCAAUGUAGGGCUUUACUAGAGAAUCUUUCAUUUCUGUCUAAAAACUUUUUCGUAGAGAUGUGUACAUAUAUAUAUAUACUUCAUUAAUUUGGACAGUCUUGUUUUAAUGAAAUGAUGCAUAAAUGUUAUAUAUAGCAAUGGUAAGAUGAAAAUGAAGCCAAUGAUUUUGCUUUAUAAUUUAAAAACACUUUGAGGCCUUCUUAUUAAUUUGAGUGUCACAUGAUUAAAGUGUAUAGAAUUUUAUUCCGAGAAUGAUAGCCAAUGGGAUGUGGAACAUGAUUGCAGCUGAUUUUCAUUCUUAUGUUUAUUGUAGCAACAUCUUAAACCUUCAUAAAGUACAUUUUGCAAAGAUCA